CCACAAGUUGAACGGAAGCCGAGAGGCCUCAAAGCGUGCGUAUUUUCUUGCCUUUCAAAAAAAUAAAUUAUUACAUCGAUUCUGUCAAGUGGCUUAGCUUUGUUAGCUAUCUAUUUUGAAAUACACCAGAUAUGGAAUUCUGCUGUUUUACACUGUAAUUUCCUAUUUGAUUAAUGUGUGUCAAUGUCAAGGUGAAAAACGGGUGCAGGUAGGAGCUAUCUUUCUUUAUGUGCAAUCAGUGAAAAAAAUAUUAUUUUAUUAUAUUAUUAUUAUUUUAGAUUUAGAGUAUGUGCUAACUUGUAUCUAUAGGUACAGUGCAGUCAUAUUUGAAUGACUCUAAAUACAAAAUCUGGAGUGACUCUGACAUACAGUGGGAAGAAAAAGUAUGUGAACCCUUUAGAAUUACCUGGAUUUUUGCAUAAAUUGGUCAUAAAAUUUGAUCUGAUUUUCAUCUAAGUCACAACAAUAGACAAACAGAGUUUGCCAUGUAGUCAUGGCUCUAUGUAGUUGUCACGACUCCCGCUGAAGUCAGUCCCUCUCCUUGUUCGGGUGGCGUUCGGCGGUCGACGUCCCCGGUCUUCUAGCCAUCGCCGCUCCACCUUUCAUUUUCCAUUUGUUUUGUCUUGUUUUUCCGCACACCUGGUUUAUAUCCCCUCAUUACUCUACGUGUAUAUUAUCCUCUGUUCCCCCCCAUGUCUGUGUGUGGUAUUGUUCGUUUCAUUACGUGUGUGACUCUUCAGGCUGGUUUUGCCCUAGGGUAUGGUUGUACCCGUGGUUUUUGUAUUUUGUACCAUUUUGUGUCAUUUGUGCACAUUCACUUUUUCCCUUGGGCCGGAGUGUUGUGACUCAGUUGCGUCUGGCUGUUUUCCUCUGCCUGAAUAAAGUGUGCCUGUUCACUCAUCUCUGCUCUCCUGCACCUGACUUCCUUCGACCAGUUGCGCACACUCUGACAGUAGUACUGUGUGCCUCCCAUAGUCUGUUCUGGACUUGAGGACUGUGAAGAGACCUCUUGUGGCAUGUCUUGUGGGGUAUGCAUGGGUGUCCGAGCUGUGUGCCAGUAGUUUAGGCAGACAGCUUGGUGCAUUCAACAUUUCAAUACCUUUCAUAAAUAAAAGUAGUGUUGAAGUCAGUCUCUCCUCCACUUUCAGCCAGGAGAGAUUGACCUGCAUAUUAUUCAUAUUAGCUCUCUGUGUACAUCCAAGGGCCAGCCAUUCUGCCUUGUUCUGAGCCAAUUGCCAUUUUCCUAAGUCCUUUUUUAUGGCACCUGACCACACGACUGAACAGUAGUCAAGGUGUGACAAAACUAGGACCUGUAGGACCUGCCGUGUUGAUAGUGUUGUUAAGAAGGCAGAGCAUCGCUUUAUUAUAGACAGACUUCUCCCCAUCUUAGCUACUGUUGUAUCAACAUGUUUUGACCAUGACAGUUUACAAUAAAUAGCAUGUCAUAAGGUGAAUGCACCAAUUUGUAAGUCGCUCUGGAUAAGAGCGUCUGCUAAAUGACUUAAAUGUAAAUGUAAAUGUAAUAUCGUGUUACUCCAAGCAGUUAGUUUAGUCAUCUCAACUUCCCCAAUCUCCACAUUAUUUAUUACAAGAUUUAGUUGAGGUUUAGGGUUUAGUGAGUGUUUUGUUCCAAAUACAAUGCUUUAAGUUUUAGAAAUAUUUAGGGCUAACUUAUUCCUUGCCACCCACACUGAAACUAACUGCAGCUCUUUGUUGAGUGUUUCAGUAAUUUCAGUCACUGCAGUAGCUGACGUGUAUAGUGUUGAGUCAUCUGCAUACAUAGAAACUCUGGCUUUACUCAAAGUCAGUGGCAUGUCGUUGGUAAAAAUUGAAAAAAGCAAGGGGCCUAAACAGCUACCCUGGGGAAUUCCUGAUUCUAACUGGAUUAUAUUUGAUAGGCUUCCAUUAAAGAACACCCUCUGUGUUCUGUUAGACAAGUAACUCUUUAUCCACAGUAUAGCAGGGGGUGUAAAGCCAUAACACAUACGUUUUUCCAGCAGCAGACUAUGAUCAAUAAUGUCAAAAGCUGCACUGAAGUCUAACAAGACAGCCCCCACAAUCGUUUUAUCAUCAAUUUCUCUCAGCCGAUCAUCAGUCAUUUGUGUAAGUGCUGUGCUUGUUGAGUGUCCUUCCCUAUAAGCAUGCUGAAAUUCUGUUGUCAAUUUGUUUACUGUGAAACAGCAUUGUAUCUGGUCAAACACAAUUAUUUCCAGAAGUUUACUAAGGGUUGGUAACAGGCUGAUUGGUCGGCUAUUUGAGCCAGUAAAGCUUCCCUCCAGGCCUGAGGGCACACGCUCUCUAGUAGGCUUAAAUUGAAGAUGUUGCAAACAGGAGUGGCAUAUUUCUGCAGUAAUUUUCCAUCUAGAUUGUCAGACCCUGGUGGCUUGUCAUUGUUGAUAGAGAACAAUAAUUUUUUUCACCUCUUCCACACUGACUUUACGGAAUUCAAAAGUACAAUUCUUGUCUUUCAUAAUUUGGUCCAAUAUACUUGGAUGUGUAAUGUCAGCGUUUGUUGCUGGCAUGUCAUCCCUAAGUUUGCUUAUCUUGCCAAUGAAAAAGUCAUUAAAGUAGUUUGCAAUAUCAGUGGCUUUGUGAUGAAUGAGCCAUCUGAUUCAAUAAAUGAAGGAGCAGAGUUGGCUUUUUUACCCUAAAUUUAAUUUAAGGUGCCCCAAAGCUUUUUACUAUCAUUCUUUAUAUAAUUUAUCUUUGUUUCAUAGUGUAGUUUUUAGUGUAGUUAGUGUAGUUUUUAAUUUUUAUUUAUUUAGUUUAGUCACAUGAUUUCUUAAUUUGCAGUACGUUUGCCAAUCAGUUGGGAUGCCAGACUUAAUUGCCAUACCUUUCGCCUCAUCCCUCUCAACCAUCCUCAUCAAUCCAAGGGGAUUUUAAACGUUUUUACAGUCAUUUUCAUAAUGGGUGUGUGCUUAUUAGUAACUGGAAUAAGUCAUUUCAUAAAUGUGUCAAGUGCAGUGUCUGGUUGCUCCUCAUUACACACCACAGACCAGAAAAUAUGACUUACAUCAUCAACAUAUGAAUCACUACAAAACUUAUUCUAUAACCUCUCAAACAUAUAUAUAUAUAUAACAUAUAUUAGGCCCAGCCUUUGGAACUUUGGUUUUCCUAGAUAUGGCUAUUAUAUUGUGAUCACUACAUCCUAUGGAUUUGGAUACUGCUUUAAAGCAAAUAUCUGCAGUGUCACGAAAGAUGUGAUCAAUGCAUGAUUUAAUUCCUGUGCUCUUUGUAACUACCCUGGUAGGUUGACUGACGACCCGAUCCAGGUUGCAGGCACUGGUUACCGUUUGAAGUUUUUUCCUGAGGUGGCAGCUUGAUUAUAGCCAGUCAAUAUUUCAAUCACCCAUCAAAUAUACUUCUCUGUUGACAUCACAUACAUUAUCAAGCAUUUCACACAUAUUAUCCAGAUACUGACUGUUAGCACUUGGUGGUCUAUAGCAGCUUCCCACAAGAAUAGGCUUUAGGUGAGGCAGAUGAACCUGUAGCCAUAUUACUUCAACAGUAUUUAACAUUAGAUCGUCUCUAAGCUUUACAGGAAUCUGGUUCUGAAUAUAGACCGCAACACCGCCUCCGUUGACAUUUCUGUCUUUUCGGUAGAUGUUAUAACCAUGUAUUGCUACCACUGUAUCAUCAAAGGUAUUAUCUUAGUGAGUUUCAGAGAUAGUCAGAAUCAGUGGCUUCUUCCAUGGUGUCCUCCCAUGAACACCAUUCUUGUUUAGUGUUUUACACAUUGUAGACUCGUCAACAGAGAUAUUAGCAUCUUCCAGAGAUUUCUGUAAGUCUUUAGCUGACACUCUAGGAUUCUUCCUGUUUGGCCCUGUCCUGGGGUAUCAUCGGAUGGGGCCACAGUGUCUCCUGACCCCUCCUGUCUCAGCCUCCAGUAUUUAUGCUGCAGUAGUUUAUGUGUCGUGGGGCUAGGGUCAGUUUGUUAUAUCUGGAGUACUUCUCCUGUCUUAUCCGGUGUCCUGUGUGAAUUUAAGUAUGCUUUCUCUAAUUCGCUUUUUCUUUCUCUCUCUCGGGGACCUGAGCCCUAGGACCAUGCCUCAGGACUACCUGGCCUGAUGACUCCUUGCUGUCCCCAGUCCACCUGGCCGUGCUGCUGUUCCAGUUUCAACUGUUCUGCCUGCGGCUAUGGAACCCUGACCUGUUCACCGGACGUGCUACCUGUCCCAGACCUGCUGUUUUCAACUCUCUGGAGACAGCAGGAGCGGUAGAGGUUGCUGAAGACAAGGAGGGGCUGUGACUGAGAUGAGAGCGCUGCUGUAGCUGGGUCCAAUUCUAAGGAUGCCGGGGUGGAAGUGAGGUUCUAUAGCGGUUCCACAGCAGUUCCACAGUACCACCAGGCAGGAACCAACGCUGGGAUGCAGAACCUACGACAAGCAGCCACUGAGGCUUUCCAUCGCCUGGGUCUGAAGCAAAGACAGCUGGGAUAUGAGGAGUUGGAUGAGACAGACCCGUCCUACUCCAAUCCCCGGCCUCACUGGUUCCACACGCUGCAGGUCCGCAGGCUGGCGGUCCAGAGAGGACGCAGCAACAGUGACCCUAUGGGAGGGAAAAGUUUCGAUCAGGACUUCCAAUGGAAAACAGGCCUACAGUUUGGCACAGCCAACUCCUACCUGAACCUGGAGAAGAUAGGGGAGGGGACAUACGCUACAGUCUACAAGGGAAUCAGCCGGAUAAACGGGCACCUGGUGGCCUUGAAGGUGAUCCGUAUGAAGACGGAAGAAGGCGUACCAUUCACUGCCAUCCGAGAGGCCUCCCUCCUGAAAGGCCUGAAACACGCCAACAUUGUCCUGCUCCAUGACAUCAUCCACACCAAAGAGGCACUCACAUUUGUCUUUGAGUACGUACAAACAGACUUGGCUGAGUAUAUGACGCAGCACCCAGGGGGCCUGCAUUCCUACAAUGUCAGGAUCUUCAUGUUCCAGCUGCUGCGGGGUCUGUCCUACAUCCACGGUCGGAGGAUCCUGCAUCGGGACCUCAAACCCCAGAACCUGCUCAUCAGCUACCUGGGGGAGCUCAAACUGGCCGACUUCGGGCUGGCCCGGUCCAAGUCCAUCCCGUGCCAGACCUAUUCGUCUGAGGUGGUGACUCUGUGGUACCGACCUCCUGAUGUCCUCCUGGGUUCCACUGAUUACUCCACUGCUCUGGACAUCUGGGGAGCUGGAUGCAUCUUCAUUGAGAUGCUCCAGGGGACGCCAGCCUUUCCAGGGGUGGCAGACGUCUUUGAGCAGCUGCAGAACGUAUGGACUGUCGUAGGGGUCCCGACUGAGGAGACGUGGCCAGGAGUGAACGAGCUGCCCAACUUCAGACCAGAGUGGUUUCAACCAUGUCAGCCCCAGCAAUUCAGGAAUGUUUGGAAAAGACUGUCCAAGUUGCCCUAUAAGACAGAGGACCUGGCCCAGAAGAUUCUGAUCACCAUCCCACGAGACCGCAUCUCGGCCCAGGAUGCACUGCAGCACCCCUAUUUCAACACGCUACCACCCCCCAUCAUGCAGCUACGAGACACUGUAUCAGUCUUCAAGGUCCCCGGAGUGAGGCUGGAGACAGAGGUGAAGGAUAUCUUCAGUCCCAGUCUAAGGAUCAGACCGCCCCAGCUGGUGCCCUUGGCUAAGUGCUGGUGAUAAUGGACCCCUAACCCACUGGGCUUGACCCCUAACCCCAGGCCCAUAGCCCCAGGCCCCUAACUCCAGGCCCUUAGCCCUGCCUGCAGGCUAGACCACCAUCUGAUCAAGAUGGAGAGGCAUGAGGUCCUCCACCAACCUCUGCUCUUGACUCCACCCAGCAUUCCUCAGUCACAGUUCCCAUGUUGUAAGAAGACAGGAGAGAAGAGGGAGGUUUUGAAUGGUACCUGGUAUAUCACAUAUUAGAUGAUGUCAGAAGUACUGUAUGCACUGUAUAUACUCUCUAUCUGAGACCCGGUGUCUGUUGUUGGUGGCAACGGAAAGUUAGGCAAUGUCUAAGAGAACUGUCAGGAAGCUCAGAACAGCUUAACAUCUUCCUUCUGCUGAACCACCUCCUCCUGCGUCCUCCCUCUCCUUCUCCUUCUCCUUCUCCUUCUCAGAGCGUCUCCCUGGACUCACUAUGCUCUCUCUGCCUCCUCCUAAAUCUACACUGAGAUUCAAUGAUGACUAUGGGUUUGUUUUGCAGAUGACUGUUUUAUUUUGUACUGCCAAAACAUGCAUAUAUUAUAUAUCAUAUCUUAUAUUAAUCAGGUCCUUGUGAACCAUGAUUGUUCUUUUGCACAGCAUGUGGGUGGGUAUCCCUACGACAGAACGACGGUGACGGUUGUGUGUACACUGUAACUCAUGUCGUAUUGUACCGUGAAACUUCCUCCUCGACACCCCACAUAGCGUAUUUUUCGGCAAUCUUGUGAUGUCCACUCUUCAAUUGUCCUACACUUGGGUGCAGCUUUGCCUUUAAAAUGUGUGUGUGUGUGUGUGUGUGUGUUUCGUGAGAAUGAGUGAAGGAGUGUGUGAGUCAAUAAAUGUUGCAGUAAUGA